CAAAGCAUGCAUGAAGCUUGUUCUCCGAAUCGGUGUUCCUCGUGAGAUGCUUUCCGCUGCCCAAACAAAAAGAGCUAGCAAUUAGUACUGUAAGCAUUUCGUGAACACGGCAAGCGUGCAAAGGCGUGCCACGAAUUUGUAUCAAAUUCGCGUGGAAAGUGUUUUACAGCAAGCUGCGGACAGCGUUUUGCAAAGAUAGUUGUAAAUAGCAGCCAAGGGGAACAAUCGAUUCCGGUGCUCAUCGCCGAGACAGUGCCACCAUUUUCCGUGUGUGCAUGUGUGAAUAAAAAGUCUUUGUGCGAGAUAGAGCCUUGGUCGAGCCCUGCCCAGGGUAAAGUGUGUCCAGUUGGAGUGCAAAACUCACGCUUGCAUAAUUAAAUUGUAUUUCACACACCGUUUUCAAGUUGCAAAGUAUGGCUAGUACGAGUACCGACGUGCCGAUGGAGUCCGUGGAGUCGACCGGACCGGCAACAACGGGCGCAGCAAGCCCGAACACAGUGAACGGCAACGGGAACGACCUGGCCACCAACGCAGAGGACAUGACGUCGCGUGACUACUACUUCGACUCGUACGCACACUUUGGCAUCCACGAAGAGAUGCUGAAGGACGAGGUGCGCACGCUGUCGUACCGGAACUCGAUGUACCACAACAAGCAUCUGUUCAAGGGGAAGGUCGUGCUGGACAUCGGGUGCGGUACCGGCAUCCUGUCGAUGUUUGCGGCGAAGGCGGGCGCCGCGAAGGUGAUCGCGAUCGAGUGCUCGAACAUCAUCGACUACGCACAGAAGAUCAUCGAGGCGAACAACCUGCAGGAGACGAUCACGCUGGUGAAGGGCAAGGUGGAGGAGGUGACACUGCCGGCCGGGUACGAGCAGGUCGAUAUCAUCAUUUCCGAGUGGAUGGGCUACUGUCUGUUCUACGAGUCGAUGCUGGACACGGUCAUAUACGCGCGCGACAAGUGGCUGAAGAAGGACACGGGCAUGAUGUUCCCGGACCGGUGUACGCUGUUCGUGACCGCGAUCGAGGACCGGCAGUACAAGGACGAGAAGAUCAACUGGUGGGACGAUGUGUACGGGUUCAACAUGAGCUCGAUCCGCAAGGUGGCGAUCAGCGAACCGCUGGUGGACGUGGUGGACCCCAAGCAGGUCGUUACGAGCUCGUACAUGGUGAAGGAGAUCGACCUGUACACGGUGAAGAAGGAGGACCUGGAGUUCGAGUCUCCCUUCUAUCUGACGGUGCGGCGCAACGACUUCGUCCAGGCGCUGGUGACGUACUUCAACGUGGAGUUCACCAAGUGCCACAAGCGGCUCGCCUUCAGCACCGCCCCGGAUGCCCCGUACACGCACUGGAAGCAGACGGUGUUUUACUUCGACGACUAUCUGACGGUGAAGAAGGGCGAGGAGAUUCAGGGCACGUUCAAGAUGAAGCCGAACGUGCGCAACAACAGGGAUCUGGACUUUACCAUCGAUCUGCACUUUAAGGGCGAGCUGUCCCAGGUGGACGAAAAGAAUCAUUAUCGGAUGCGCUAGAGCGGUUGGUGCGAUAUCCGUCAGCAGAAGUAAAAACAAAAAAGCCCACCACCAUAUAACCCGCAGAACUUCCCCUCACCCCAAUCUUCACAGUAUCCACUCUGCCGCCCGGCAAGGCGCGAACGGAGACGAGCAAAAGGGUUCGGAACGGAGGACGACUCGUAUAAUAUCAAACCAUUUUUCGCGAUUUCGCCUGCGCUAUCCAACAAACCUGUGGUGCCCCCAUUCCACUGGCCAAGUGUUUUACCGUGUGUGAUACGAUAGUUUUAAUACUCGUUAGCAUACACCACAGUAUCAGUCCGCGUGGCCCCGCGUCCCCACACGCCACUGCGUGCCGGAAGCGCUGGACUUUCGCGAGGAACGUGUUUUAUGUUGUCUGAACUCCAUACAGAAGACAACGGCGGCGGCGGCUCCAUCACCCUACACACCUAUGCGCGUUCGCAAGCAGCUGCUGCACUUACUGCAGCGGCGCGUAGUAAAAUUAAGUGAAACAACCACAACACAAUAUUGACCAUUGUAUCCGAAUGUGAAGUAACGCAGAAUCUAGGCAUGGAAAAGGAGAAGGAGGGUGCAGACACACAGUUAAAAUAUACCGAACGAAUUGAUGAUAACUGGA